GGGGCCCACCCCACCCUCCAGAAUUAAAUAGGCGUAUCACAUUCACAUCCAAAAUCUUUCUCCUUUCUUCUCCAAUAAUACAAGCAUUUAAUCCAACCUAAAUUUUCCGAGUUGGGUCCUACUUCUCCAAACUCUGCCUGUUUCUUUCUUACCGAACCUUCCCUUUACCCCCCCAAAUCUUCAUAAAUUCAAGCGGCGGGGCUGCCUUAAAUGCACUUGUAGUUUGGAGUAAUUAUUACCGACUACGAUGAGCAUGUUCAAUAGUAUUUCCGAUAACCCAAAACCCAUCCCACUUAUAUAAAUAUAAUAGCAGCUCCUCAACUCAAUGGAUCUCUCUCCCACCAAGAGCCCACCACCACCACUCUCUCUCUCCCUCUCCCACUCCCACACCAGCUUCCCCAUCAUCGCCGUCGCCGUCAUCGGCAUCCUCGCCACCGCAAUCCUCCUCGUCAGCUACUACAUAUUCUUCAUCAAAUGCUGCCUCACCUGGCACCGCAUCGAUCUCCUCCACCGCUUCUCCUUCUCCCGCCGCCGCCCCCCCUCCCAGGAUAAUCCCCUCCUCGCCCACUCCGACAACCGCGGCCUCAACCCCGCCGCCAUCCGAUCAAUCCCCAUCUUCAAUUUCAUUCAAAACGACGCCAAAUCAUACGAGUGCGCGGUUUGUUUGAACGAAUUUCAGCAAGGAGAGAAGCUGCGUCAGAUUCCCAAUUGCAGCCACGUGUUCCACAUUGAUUGCAUCGACAUCUGGCUUCAAAACAACGCCAACUGCCCGCUCUGCCGUACUAGCAUUGCCGCCCGUCCCGAGAUACUCCUCCCCAUGGACCGAGCUCUCGGGCCGGACCCUGAUCCGAGCCGCUUCCCUGGCAGAGAUGAGGACUACGUGGUUAUCGAGAUAGGCACGUCCUCGUCUCUGCCGGGGAGCCAGCAGGGAGCAAGCUCGGACGAGCUUGCCCCGAGGAAAAAGGUGAAAAAAAUGAGCCAUGUAUCGAGCAUGGGAGAUGAGUGUAUCGACAGUAGGCGGCGGAGGGAGGUGGUGCAGCCGAUGCGGCGGUCUUUCUCAAUGGAUUCGGCAGCUGACAGCCAGCUUUAUUUAGCUGUUCAAGAAAUUAUUCAACGCCACGGCCACGUUAGUAAUGAAAUAAAUCAACAUGAAGGUAGCAGCACCAGACUUAAAAAAUCUUUUUUUUCAUUUCGUCAGGGAAUAUUCUCCAGAAGUGUAGUUCAGCCAGUUGCCUUGGAGCCAAGAGGCUAGUUUUUUUUUCUAUAACAUUA